AAAAGUAAAAAGGAAAAAAAAGUUUUAGGAGAAAGCAAAACAAAAAUAAUUAAUGUUAAAAAUUAAAUAUAUUAAUGGGAAACAAAGCAUCAAGGAACAGGAAUGAUAUCGAAAAAACAAAUACAAAUAAUUUAGCAAAAAAUUUAAGUGCUGCAACGACCACAAAUUUUUUAGACGAGCAGAGCACAGAAAAUCAAAGCUGUAGGAGGUCAAAACAUACAAAAGCAACAACAACAGCAAGCGCAGCAGCUGAACAAUCAGCUGCACACCAACGAUUACUGUCACAGUCUUCUUUUUGGAGUUUGGGCAGUUUAAGUGGUCGACUUAAUUGGAGUUUUAGUGGUAUUCCCAAAGGUUCUUUCCGCAAUCGCAAUAAAUCCAGCCGCAAGAGCCUAACAUCGUUACAACAGCGACGUGCUAAGACUACAUGGCAUAAACCGCUCACAAAUGCCAUUUUCAAUACGCAUUUCAAAGAGUUAAGUCGCAACGAGGAAUUCUUCAUUGAAAAUUUGAUUGCCAAGGGUGCAUUCGGCGUAGUUUUUAAAGUUGUCGAUAAGCGUGAGGCAGCUGAUAAACAUGAUUCGCAGGUUACGAAGACAUACGCAUUGAAAGUGUUGAAGAAAUCAAAAAUUAUAGCAGAAAAUAGCGUACAGCAAAUUAAAGACGAAGCUGAUAUACAAAAACUUUGUGGUCAUCAUCCUUUCAUAGUUCAACAACUUGAUUCUUGGCAAAACAGACGCAAUCUACACAUACUUUCUGAAUACGUACCAAACGGUGAACUUUUUUCCAAAAUUGCUCAAUUUUCCAUUGACUUAAUCCGUUUAUAUUUGGCUGAAAUUGCACUAGCCAUUGACUUCUUACAUAACGCCGGCAUUAUAUACCGUGAUGCUAAACCUGAAAAUAUUCUACUGACAAAUAACUAUCAUAUAAAACUAACUGACUUUGGUCUCAGCAAGUGGCUUAAAUUGGGAGCAACUACAAAAACCAUGUGCGGCACUUUUCAAUACAUGGCACCGGAAAUACUACGUGGAGAGACCUAUGGGCAUGCAGUAGAUUGGUGGUCAAUGGGAGUUAUAGUUUGUCAAAUGUUCACACAAAAGAGUCCCGACAUAAAAGUUUUUUUCAAUUUGCCGGAGUCAUGUGAAAAUGCACCUAAGGAUGCUGUGGAUUUUAUAAAGCCCACAGUCGAGAGUCUUCCGUUGGUAGCUUCAUUGGAUUGUCAAAAUUUUCUACCAUCUGAAGUAGCUGAUUUGCCACAUGAAGGCAAGGAUGUUUUGAAACGUCUCUUAGAAGUUGAUCCAAAACUUCGUUUGCGUUCUGUUUUGGGAUUGCAGAAAAUCGCUCUUUAUCAACAUUUCAAAAUAAACGCAGAGUAUUUAUUAAGUGUAAAUCCACUUGAUAUUAUGGAAAAGGAUAACAUUCCAGUAUAUAAAGGCAACUGUUAUGAAGAGACUUCUAGUGCCAUAGCAACAAAAGCAUUCCAAGAUUUUUAAAUCUUUGAAUCUCAUCUCUUUUAUUUUUAUAGUUUCUUUUUAGCAAACAAUAAUAG